AUGUCGAAACGUGACAGUCUCACCGUGUGGCUUCCGAAGGAGAUGUACGGCUCCGUCGAACCCUUUGCCGAUAACCGAUAUAUAUGGUCCCCGAUGCCUUUUGACGAAUCCCUGCCCGUCGAGCAGACGUCUUUUAUUGAUAUGGGGGAAAACAGCCAACGACCUGCAAACACCGGGCCGACGACUUACGAGGCUCCGGUCCCGCCGCCCCCAGCUGUGCUAGCAGGGCCGACGGACUUGUCCGCUUCUGACACAGACUUCGAGAGGGACUUCCUUUUGAGAAAGAUCAGCCAGAACCUCAGCCGUAGAAGGCGGAGACCCCGCGGGAUGCAACCGGCCCGGCAGAAGCGCUCCGGGGUGGGGGAUGGGUCCCGGGACAGCAGGGGUUUCGCGGUGCACCUGGGACUGAAUCUCGAUAUCGAGGUGACGUUGAAGGCGAGAAUCUUUGGGGGUCUAGAGAUUAGUGCAUUAUUUGGCUGGAUUAUUCUAACCUUGAAGUGA